GCAACAUAUUCACUAACUAACUCAUACUGUUGCCUUUUGGCUUUUUUAGCAGUUACUAUAAGCGUCUCUCCAUCAGGUUGAAGGUCUGAGGCUCUUCAGAUGUUCGGUGCUCAAUAAACCCAUGGCCAUGAAGAACUGGACGGCAGGAACUCAGUGCGUCGCCAAAAAGCAGCACUGCACACCUAAAGCGGGUGAAGUAGCGUAUCACAAAGGCGACGUCUUGACUGUCGCCGGACCUGGAGCGAGGAAAGGGGAAUACAGAGCCCGACAUAACACAACGGGAGAGGAAGGACUGAUCUCGGGUUCGAACCUCAGAGAAAGGGAAGCCCUCCGAAUAGACCCCAAAUUAAGCCUGAUGCCAUGGUUUCACGGCAAAAUAUCGGGACCGCAAGCUGUCGGCAAACUCAAGCCCACGGAGGACGGGCUGUUCCUGGUGCGGGAGUCGGUUCGGCAUCCCGGCGACUUCGUGCUGUGCGUCUGCUUCAGUGAGAAGGUCUUCCACUACCGAGUCAUCUUCAGAGACAACAAACUGAGCAUCGACAGCAAGCAGUUCUUCUACAACCUCAUCGACAUGAUCGAGUUUCACAGCAGAAAUCAAGGCGCCCUCGCUACGCUUCUGCUGAAGCCCAAGAAGAAGGAAGGCACGAAAUCUGCCGAGACCAAGCUGUUGAAGUCCGGCUGGCUUCUGGAUCUGUCGAUGCUGACGUUAGGAGAGGUCAUCGGAGAGGGAGAGUUCGGUGCCGUGUUCGAGGGUGAAUACGCAGGCCAGCGGGUCGCCGUUAAGAACAUCAAAUGUGACGUAACCGCUCAGGCCUUCCUGGAAGAGACGUCGGUCAUGACAAAUCUCCAUCAUAAGAAUCUGGUGCGGUUAUUAGGAGUGAUUCUUCACAACGGACUUCACAUCGUCACCGAGCUCAUGACGAAGGGGAACCUGGUGAAUUUUCUUCGAUCACGAGGACGUUUUGCGGUCAGUGCGACGCAGCUGCUGCGCUUUGCACUAGAUGUUUGUGAAGGUAUGGAGCAUCUGGAGUCAAAGAAACUCCUGCACCGAGAUCUCGCCGGACGCAACAUCCUCGUGUCUGAAGACACCGUCGCCAAAGUCAGUGAUUUCGGUCUGGCCAAGGUCAGUUCAACGGCAACCGACAACUCAAAGUUACCCAUCAAGUGGACGGCGCCCGAAGCCUUGAAGAAGAAGAAGUUCUCCGCUCAGUCAGACGUGUGGAGCUACGGAGUCCUGCUGUGGGAGAUCUUCUCGUACGGCAGACAGCCGUAUCCCAAAAUGUCGUUGAGUGAGGUGCGGGAGCUUGUGGAUCAGGGUUACCGCAUGGAGCCGCCGGACGGAUGUCCUCCUGACGUCUACAGCAUCAUGUCGUCCUGCUGGGAGACGGAGCCCAAGAGGAGACCGUCCUUCCUCAAGCUCCGAGAGCGGCUGGAGAAAGAGCUCGGCAAACAGCACGCGGCCGCUUGAACUCAUCUCUGCAGGCGCUCACCACGUGUGUAUAAAGUACAUCUAAUUUAUUAUUCAUCACACUUCAUAUUUAUGUUUUUAUUU